GUUUACAGUCAUGCAGUCUUGGGUGAAAGGCGGCGAGGGGAGGGUGUGCGGAUGUAUGUGCUGCCGACCAGGUUUGACCCCACAGCACUGACCUGACCUCGUGCUGACCCCCCCGUGACCUGACCUGCGGGUUGACGAAGGUGGUGACUUGGUGGGAGGGUUGUAGGAACGCACACACGCACGCACGGUUGAUAUUUAAUGUUGGAAGGGAGUUUGAUAAGUUUUGUUUGAAGAAGAAGAAGAGAAAAAGAAGAGGAGGAGAAGAAAACGAAGAGAGAGAAAUAGAGAAAGAAGAGGAGGGAUAUUUUGGGUAGAAGAGAAAAAAAUAAACAAAACUAUGGUGGUGAAGAGAACAGUGUAGAGGAGAACAACAACAACAUUAACAAAAACUGGUGUUGAGGAGAAAGGGAAGAGAAGAGACAGAAGGUGAAAAGAAGUGACGGUGGUGGUGAAGUCAAGACAGUGAAGUGAUGGUGAAGAGAACAAACAGUAAUGGUGAAGAGAAGAUGAAGUUGAAGAGAAAAUAAACUGGUGAAGAGAACGAACAUUGGCACUGAAAAAACAACAGAUAUGGUGGUGAAGAGAGGAGAGAAAUGGUGAUGAAGAGAAGAAACAUCAGUGUACAAGAGGAGAGACAUUAGUGUAGAAGAGAAAACCUGAAAUCGAUGUUGAAGAGAAGAUGAAAUUAUAAAAAAGAAGAGGAGGUAGUGGCGAGGAGAACAGUUAGUGAUAGAGAGAAGACAUAGUAGUGGUGAAGAGAAGGGAGAGUAAUAUUGAAGAAGAGAAUAGACAGUAAUGUAGAAGAGAAAAUAAUUGAUGUUGAAGAAAUGAGGAAGAGAUUAUAGUAAAAAAAGAAGAGAAAGGGAUAGUGAGGAGAACUGACUGAGUGUGAAGAGAAAAAAAGAGGAAAGAAGAGAAGUGGUGAAGAGUUUAAAGAGUGGUAAAGAGAAGAGAGAAAAAGAGUUAGUAAAGAUGAACUCUGACAGCGAAGAGAACAAUGUAGAGGAGAAAAAUAACAAUGAACAGCGAUACCAGUGAAGAGAACCGGUGUUGAAGAGGAAGAAGAGGGGGAGCUGCAGAAGAGAAGAGGAAAAGGAGAAGAGAAGAACGAUGAGGAGAAACUUGUGGAGAAGAGGAGGAAGAGAAGGAGGAGGAGAAGCCUUGUCGCUAUCGGAGAAUUUGGAGGAAGAAGAGACAUCAGGAAAUCGUGUGGUGAGACUAACGGAGGAGGACGGGGAGGAGGGAGGAGGAGGAAGCGGAGGAGAAGGAGGAGUAAGGGAGAGGGACGCGGAAGGUGGAGAAGGAGGGGCGCUACCUGGGUCUCCUCACCCCCACCACCACCACCACCACCACCACCUGUUGCCGGACCCCACCACCAGCUGGAGAGGGAGUGACAGCCAGAACUGGUCCACAAAACAAUCCACCUGGGACCAUUACUUGCGGGAGUCAGGGACGGAGGCGGGGGAAGAGGAGGAGGAGGAAUCGAGGAGGGACACAGACGGAGGAGGAGGAGGAGGAAGAAGAACAGGAAGUGGACUUGGAAGUCAAGGAGGAGGGGCAGGAGGAGGAGGAGGAGGGAGGUCACCGGUGUCCCAUCUAGCAUCACCGUCCGGGUCAUGUCGCGGCGCCCCUGAGAUCUUGUUUUUCCAGGAGGGGUCCGUCACGCCCCCCGCCUCGGCUGGCAUGAGAAACUCACCCUCCAGCCACCCCGCGGCCCCGCGCAGGAUGGCCCAGGACGUGGGCAGUUACACCUCCUACGAGAGCGUGCAGCUGCCUGGGAGCAUCAUGGACGACACGCGGCCCCUGGCACACAGUGACGCCUUGCAGGCCAAGUACGACAAGCUCAACAACAGCUUCAAGCCGCAGAAGGCCUCCGACGACUCUAAGGUUCGCAAGACGGUGGAGACGCUGUUCUUCCGCGACAACAAGAGGCGCAUCGACUUCGUGCUGGUCUACAGGGACGAUGAAGACCCGAUACUGGCGGAGCAUCGGCGGCUCUUCGAGGAGAACCUGAUUGAAGAAGGACUGGAGCUGGAGACGGAGGACAAGACGGUGAGCGUAUCUAGCUCCCCGGGUGUUUUCCCUUCUUCUCCUCGCCGUCGGCCUCGGGGCGUGAGGCGGCGGGCCGGGCGGCAGCGGGAUGAAGCGUCGCGGCUCCGGGGCCGCCCGCUCAGGGCCCCAGGGGCCGUCGGGCCAAAGGGCAGGCAUCCCCAUGGCCAGCCAGACGCAGAACCCCACCAGGAGCACCGCCACCGGCGUGGGCAGCAGCGCCCGCACGCCGUCGGCACGUGCUGCAGUCCCCGCCUGAGAGCAGACGUGACCGCCGCCCGCUCCUCUGCCGCCUUCCUGGCCGCCUCCCUCUCCUCUGCCGCCCUCCUGGCCGCCGCCUCCUCCUGGGCGGCCCGGAGCUCAAAGUCUCGCAGCAGCUCGGCGAAGACGGAGCCCGAGUCGGGGAAGCGGACGGGGCGGGGCGGGGCCACUCGGAGGUCAUGUUCCCGCAGCAGCUCGACGAAGACGGACCCAGAGUCGGGGAAGCAGACGGGGCGGGGCGGCGGCGGCUCCCUGGCACGGGGCGCAACACUCUCAGGGCUGGCCUGCACCCCCUCCUGGACGGCGGCGGCGGCGGCGGGUAGCAGCAGCGGGCCAGGCUCUGCAGGCAGGCUGGCCACGCCGGCCCCUUGUUCCGCCGCUGGCCGCGCCAGGCUUCCCCCGGGCCCCGCCGGGAACAACGGGUGCUCGCGGCGGCCUCCAGCCGCCCUCCUCCACGGGGAUGGACAUCAGCUUGCGCUUGUAGGCGAAGAAGAGCGCGCCGCGCUCCUUCACGAUGACUCGGACGCGAUCUGGACGCUUGCAGCGCCCGGGGACGUGCACGCGGACGCGCACGACUCCCGCACCGCUCGGCGCCCGCCACCUCUAGACUCCGGCAACGUCCACUACCUCCAGACUCCGGCAGCGCCCGCCACCUCCAGACUCGACGCUAUCUCCACUACUCCAGGAGCGGACAUCUCAACUACUCGCCGGGCAGCCAACGCUGAGCCCCGCCGCCGCCCUGCCAGCCUCACGGCCUUUACAGGAAGCCAUAGGGGCAUGGGCAAAGGGUCACAAUGCUUUCUAUCGCCUCUAAGGACACCUAACGGUAGGACGCUCUUCAUAGAGAGCCACAAGGACGGGGACGGAAAGUCCAUCCCUUCAUCCCCCUUUUCUCUCUCCAUAUCCCUUUUCUCCCUUCCUUACUCCCUUACUCUUCCCUUCGCUUCCACCCCUGCCGCCCCAUCCCUGCCACCCAUUCCUUACCUCCCUACCAUUCCCUUCCUUUCCUACCCCUUGCCCCUGCCCCCUCCGUGCCUCCCCCUGCAGAAGGAUGACGCUCAGACGCAGAGCAAUGGGCUGUACGGCUGGCUGGGCAUCCGUGACCCCUUCCAGUACGACCACAAUCGCAUCCCGCCGGAGCCAACCUACUUCUCCACCGGCUUUACCAGGAACCACGUCGAGCAGAUGGUGCUGUUCCCCUCCCCGCGACCCUCACGGUUCAAGAUGCUGCUGGCGAGCUUCCACAAGACGCUCCUGGACAGCGGGUACGGUGCCCUCCUGACCCGGGGACUUGAAUGCGCUGAUGAUAGUAAUGAUGAUAGUGACGCUGAUAGUGAAGAUGAUAGUGACGCUGAUAGUGAAGAUGGUGAGUGUUACAAGCGAGAGCGGGAGGACGAGAGUAAUGAGUGUCCUGGUGAUGAUAGUGAGUGCGCUGAUGAUAGUGAUGAUGAUAGUGACGCUGAUAGUGAAGAUGAUAGUGACGCUGAUAGUGAAGAUGUCCUCGCUUCCUUCCCAGGCGUCGGCGUGUCUCGGCUCCUCUCCUCCGAUACCUACGUCGCCGCCUUCCCCCUACACGACGGCCGCUACGACAAGGACGGGCCGGACGGGGAGAUAUGCGACAGGCGGCUGCUGUACAUGGAGUGGGCACACUACACGAAAUGGUACAAGAAGCAGCCCCUCCACGUGGUGCGCCGCUACUUCGGGGACAAGAUGGCCCUCUACUUCGCCUGGCUCGGCUUCUACACGGAGAUGCUCAUUCCCGCCGCCAUCCUCGGGACCUUCACCUUCAUCUGCGGCCUCUUCAUCAUGUUCUCAGACUUCAACCAGCCCAGUAACGAGAUCUGCAGCCAGGAGAACAACAGCACGGGGAACAUCAUCAUGUGCCCGCUGUGCGACAAGCUGUGCGACUUCUGGCGGCUCAAGGACUCCUGCCUCAACUCCCGCAUCACCUUCCUCUUCGACAACCCCAUGACCGUCUUCUUCUCCAUCGCCAUGUCCUUUUGGGCCACAAUGUUCCUGGAGCUGUGGAAGAGGAAACAGGCCGUUAUACAGUGGCAGUGGGACCUGGAGAACUACGAGGAGGAGGAGGAGCUGAGGCCGGAGUUCGAGGAGAAGGUGACCACGACGAGGAUCAACCCGGUCACCAACAAGCCCGAGCCGUACCUGCCGCUGUGGAGCCAAAUCACGCGCCUCGUAGCCACCCAUUCUAUCGUGCUGCUGAUGCUGUUCGUGGUGUUGGCGGCGGUGGUGAGCGUCAUCAUCUACCGCAUGGCCGUGGCGGUGGCCAUGUACCAGGUGGAGUCUCCGCUGUUCCGCCGCAACGCCAAGCUCGUCACCUCCAUCACCGCCGCCAGCCUCAACCUCGUCAUCAUCCUCAUCUUCAACUUCUUCUACGAGAAGCUGGUGGUGUGGCUCACGAACCUGGAGGUGCCGCGGACCGAGACGGAGUACGAGGACUCCUUCACGCUCAAGAUGUUCCUGUUCCAGUUCGUGAACUACUACUCCUCCCUCAUCUACAUCGCCUUCUUCAAGGGCCGGUUCUUCUACCACCCCGGGGACGAGGACGCGCGCAGCAAUGUGUUGAUGCAGCUCCGUUACGACAUGUGCGACCCCGCGGGCUGCCUCUUCGAGCUCUUCGUGCAACUCGCCAUCAUCAUGAUCGGCAAACAGCUCUUCAACAACGCCAUAGAGAUCAUAUUUCCCAUCCUGAAGGUGUGGUGGAACAAGCGUCGGGGUCACAACAACCAGCUGAGCGAGGCCUACACACGCUGGGAGCAGGACUACGACCUCGAGCCAUACACCAGACUGUCCCUCUUCAACGAGUACCUGGAGAUGGUGAUCCAGUACGGGUUCGUCACUAUCUUCGUGGCCGCCUUCCCCCUCGCGCCCAUCUUCGCGCUGCUCAACAACAUCGUGGAGAUCCGCCUGGACGCCUACAAGUACCUCAGCAAGUGUCGGCGGCCCAGGGCGGAGCGCAUCCAGGACAUCGGCAUCUGGUACAGCAUCCUCAAGGGCAUCACCUACUUCUCCGUCUUUACCAACGCGGUGGUGAUAUCUUAUACGAGUGACUUCAUCCCUCGUCUGGUCUACAUCUAUGGCUAUUCCAAGAACCACAACCUCGAGGGAUACAUCAAAAACACGCUGUCGGUCUUCAACACCUCGGAAUACAAGGACAACAUGGGCCCGGAGAAGAGGGACGGGUGGCCGCCGGUGUGUCACUACCGCGCCUACCGCAACGGCCCGGACACCGAGAACCCUUACGACAUCACGCAGCAGUUCUGGCACGUGUUCACCGCGCGGCUCGCCUUCAUACUCAUCUUCGAGCACGUGGUGUUCCUGCUGACGGGCGCGAUAGCCAUGGCCAUCCCGGACAUACCCGUGGAGGUGCGGAACCAGAUGAAGCGGGAGAAGAAGGUUGAGAAGGAGACGCUCUUCGAGAAUGAGAUGCGCAAGAUCCGGCAGGAGCGGCAGGGACGGCAGGUGGCCAGCCCCGACGACGACACCAACCACCUCAACCUGGACCUGGGGGAGGGGCUCACCACCACCGCCAACUCCCACCGCAGCAGCCCCAGCGCGCACACCCGCUAGCACACCCACCACAGCGUUAGGCAAGGCAGUGUAGCGUAGUGAUUUAAAUAAGACCCAUAUUCUCAGACACUUUUUUUGUCGUAUAUUUUUUUAUGAUAAUACUGGUGGUUAUAAUGUUGAAGGUGAGGAAGGUGGUGACGGUAGUGGGGGUGUUGGUGAUGAUAGUAGUAGUGAUGAUGGUGGUGGUGUAUAACAACGAUGAUGGGGAUGGUAAUGGUGGUGAUAUUGGAAAUGGUGUAAUGUAACUAAUAUUUCCCAAGGCCACAAAGGAGAUUAGCUGGGUUUUCAUGAGUCUUUUUCACAUUCAUGGUGCAGAAGCCUUGUCAAACUAUUACCAGGCUCACAAUAACACAUGGAAAUACUACUAAUACAACCUCCACCAAAGCCUUGUCACACUAUCACCAGGCUCAUAACACUACCCAUGGAAAUACUACUAAUACAACCUCCAACAAAGCCUUGUCACACUAUCACCAGACUCACAACACUACCCAUGGAAAUACUACUAAUACAACCUCCACCAAAGCCUUAUCAAGCUAUCACCAGGCCCAUAACACUACCCAUGGAAAUUCUAACACAACCUCCACCAAAGCCUUGUCACACUAUCACCAGGCUCAUAACACUACCCAUGGGAAUACUAACACAACCUCCACCAAAGCCUUAUCCAGUGUGAGGGGUGAGCCUUGAAGUGUUUGAUAAUAUGGGCCUUGGUUAGUUAGUUCUGUAGCCUUGGUGUUGUUGGGGUAAAGAAAUUGUCUGUUGAUUGUAUUGGAGUUUAUUUCUUGAAGUACAAUUUUGGGCAAUGCUCUGUACUGUACCAUCUCUUGUCUUAGGUACAGUAGUAGUAAGCAGUGGUGUAGAAUAUCUUUUCCUACUUUUGUCUGACAGUAUGCAAAGGGAAAUAUGCUCUGUUGAAAUUGAGCUUCUUUCCCCCUUUGUAUCAGACCAACUUACUAAAUGAGAUGACCUCCAUUUCCCUUUGUGCUGUGUAUUAUAGGCUGACUAGUGCCUGGUGGUGGUGGUGGUGGUUGAAGCAGAAUGUAUACCCAGAGGUGCCUGGAUGUAAGGGUUUCAAUAACUCAUGUAAUUUUUAUCUUAGCAUUCUUAAGUGUCUGUCUCUGUUCCUUGUACCUUAUAAUCUCUGUCUUUCACUUGCUCUCUGUUGUAUGUAUUUCACCAAUCUGUAACUUGGCAGCCUUUAUUGUCUGUUUUUCUACUGUGUAUCUCAUCACGCCUCCAUGAUCUAGUGGUCAGCGUGCCUGGCUUCUACUCCGCAGGCCUGGGUUCGAAUCCCGGCUCGGGCAGUCGGCGUGCAGCUCACCCAACUGUUCAUCCUCCCUCUCGGGCUGGUCGAUAAAUGGGUACCUGGGGAAACCUGGGGAAGGUAAACUGUGGUAACCCGGAUGUCACACUGGCCCUGUGUCCCGGGGUAAUGGGCUCCCUCCCACCACAGGCUCAAGGGCCAAUGUGACGGAGAUGAGCACCGAGGCCACGCGCUGCUACAGCGUAUGCCCCCAACUUUACCUUUACUUUAUCUCAUCAUCUCAAUCUUUCACUCUCCCUGUUGUAAGUGUUUCACCAAUCUGUAGUGCUGUGUAGGUGGACUCUUCUUCAUUCUAGUGUUAAGUCUUUGCAAAGGUAUUAAAUGUCACACAAUGUACCAACACUGAGGAGGUGGUGAGGGCGGGCAGGUAGGGAGGUUCAGGGGAAGAGAGCAUGAGCUGGAGGUUGGAUUUAUCAUAUCUUUAUCUUUCUCUGACAUGCAUCACCUCUUUAACCUAUCUGGUAUGCAAUGUUUUCACAAAUUCCUCACAGGCCACAGAACAUCAUUUUUUUUCCAGUUUUUACAGAAGUAAAAAAUUUUAUGCUCAAGUUUUAGAGCUUAAAUUUACACACCUCAAAUCAGAACGUUCUAGACCUAAUGGUUACAGAGAGAUGGCUGGUCAAAGGGGAAAAAAGGGCAGUGGAGUAGAGGGAGGCAGUGAGAGGCUGGGGUCAUCUCUCCUGCAUGUUCAGCACUUGGUUCUGAUUGGUUGGAGGAGAUCAACAUCAUCAUCAGGGCAAAGCAUGUAGCUGCCAGUUAAUAAAGAACAUUUGUGAUAGUCAUUCCCUGCGAUUUUCAGUAAUUCUGGAAAAUUGACGAUCGUCAAUCCUGGCACCAUUAACUUGAUGUGGAGGCGGUGGUAUUCCUUAGUGAUUUUAUUUUAUUAUGCUUCAUCUCUUUGUAGAAAUCCAAGGCUUUUCAUCUCCAGUUUAAUUUACAUUUCAUACUAUAAUAUAUAUACAAAAUUCUCCCUUUCCUUCCCAUCUCCCAGCUCAUUGUUCUCCCCACCCUUGCCGUGCCCAACACUUUUCCCUCAGUCUCGUCAAGGUCCACCCCCGUUGUCUGUGAUAUGUGUCUACCCUCAGCGGCCUCAGUGUGGCGGCCGUGGCAUUUGGCUUUGGGAUCUGAGGGUCCUCGUGCAUUUGUUGUGUUUAUAUAAGUGUCUGUGCCAUGCCUACAACACUUUGCCCUCUGUGUGUUGUUGACGGUGGUACUGAGGGACAGUGGCACAGAAUAUAGUGGUGUGGGUGUUUUGUAGAAAAAACAAGUAGAGAAGGAAAAAAAGGUGUUCUGUUGUGAUACAAAAGGAACAGAGGCACACGGGACUGUGGUGUGGGCAUGCUUGAAGGCCCUCAGAGGAGAGGGGUGAUGAUAAACUUAUAAACAGGAUAAGAGUGAGUGUCCUGUGCCCAGUGUUGGUGUUACAAAUGGGACGGAGGCACAGACGACCGCGGUGUGAGCACUACAGAGAAGAGAGGAGGAAGGACAUACAUAAAUGCCUCUGUGUGUUCAGUUAUGGUGAAACAAAAGAACAUUGACAGAUGACUGCAGUGUCUUUCAUUCACCCACGGUCUGAUCACCUGCUGUACUUGUGAUCACCAGUCAGUACCCUUCCAGGAAAAGCUUUCUUGAGCUCACUGGACCAAUCUAUUGGUACAGCCAGGACCUCACAUGCUCACUAUCAAGCAAUGACUGGUUGGCUGUUCCCUCACCAGGCACAGACUGUUGGGCAUGGAGGAAUUGUCCACACCAGACAGACAAGUUGAGGUGAUGAGGAGGGCAUGUCAGACAGCAGUCAUUAAGUGGUCAGCAGGCCCUGGGUGGGUGCAGCAUUGGAAAGGGAGACAGGAGUGUUGUGUAGCAUAUUGAUUGCUGUGUCACUGAAAAAGAAAAUGAAGGAUUGAAUGGUAAAUGUGGUGAGACUGGAAGAGACUGGCACCAAAUCACCAGGAAGUUGAUUUUUGUCAACUAUGGGGCGAAGGUGACCACUAACUGGCCUGUCAUGGCUGCCCAAAUGUGUGAUGACAAACUUUUUACUUUCGUCCGCCAGCCGCUGGCCAAACACAGUAUGGACGUAGCUUAUGGUUUCUGGGCCCAAGGUAGCAGCACUCUCUCAGGAAGAAGAGUGAGUGUGUUGUGUGUGUUGUUAGGGGAACACAGAAGAGGAGAGGCAGGAGUGACUGGUGUGGGUGUGAUGUAAAAGAUAUAAUGUUUUGAAGCUCCAGUCAAUGGCACUCGCACAGGAAGAAGCACAGUGUUAGACUUUUAAACAGAAGAUGAGGUGUGCUGUGUUGAAGAUUAUACAGGGAGGACGGUGGUGUAGAUGAUUGGUGAGUGUGUGUGUGUAUUUACAUGUAUUUACCUAGUUGUGGUGUACAGGGUCUACACUUGCAGGUCCUGUCUCCAAAUCUCUGUUUAUCAAGCUAACUUUAAAUUCAUGAAUCUUUUGGCUUGAACUGUCUCCUUUUGGGUAUGUGUGUGUGUGUGUGUGUGUGUGUACAUGUGCGUGUGUGUAUGUGUCAUUCACCAUAGUUGGGCCACACCCUGGACUUGUGAUCCAGCCAGCACCCUUUCUGAUGAGCUUGGAGCUCAAGUGAUGAUGAGUAUGGCUGGAACCUCACCUCACACCCACACACACCCGAGAGGCGGGACACGAACCCCGGCACCCUCCAAUGCUGGGUGGACAGCGGCGAAGAUUAAAGAGGACUGAUCACCCAUCCUCCGCUGGGAAUCAAACCUGGGACCUAUUGGUUGUGUGGCAAGUGUGCUAACCACUGUGUGUGUGUGUGUGUGUGUGUGUGUGAGCAGGGUUAGAGUAAUUGAUAUUUUAAGUCAAAUGUAAUUAGUAGAAAUUUUAAUGUGUAUAAUUAAUAUCACUUUACUAAUUGUACAUACUUGUGGAGGUGUGGCAGGUGAGUGGUGCGUGUAAGGAAGUGGCCGGCCAGGUGUUCCUCGGGGUGCAGGCAGUGACCUGACCACACUAGUGAACUCAUUGUUGCUUUGUCAACUUUCAAAGUAAAAAAUUGCAUUUUUAAAGUUAAAAACUUGUAGUUAUGGUUGACUGAAACCAUAUUUGUGUUAGUUAAGUGAUAUAAUUAACAUUCAUAAUUCUAUGUGUAACUGUAAUCUAUUUUUAAUGUGUAACUGAUUCAUCCCUGCGUAUGUGUGUUUGUGUGUGUGUGUGUGUGUGUGUGUGUGUGUGUAGGAAAAGGUGGCCUGGCUGAGUGGCUGUUUUGUGUGGUAACAAUGGCGGUGUGGCGUCACUGUAAAUACAAUGUGUUCAGAGACGGCCUCUUUGUCAGGUCUAUGUAUGUUUUAUAAUAUAUCUUUAUGUCGUCAUACAAGAUAAUAUCUAUCAACAGUGCAUUCCGAGAACAUUUCCUCCGCCACGCAGGCAGGAGUUUCCGAGGCCACAGGCACACAAGGACAAGCUUCCUUCACCAGCCAUCAUACAAGUUUUAUAAUAUCCACAUGUCAAUAAUACACUGUAUCUAUCCUAACUGACUGAUGGCUUUCAAUUUUCCCAGAAGGUGGCAAGGUGUGUUCAUGUGUUGUGUUGUGUUUGUGUUUUUCUGUGUUCUACAGUAUCACCUUGAUUUACCAGACUUGGACUUAAGGAAAUUAGUACAAAACGGAGGAAUCUGAACUGACUAGGGAAAUUCACACUUCUUGACACUGAUGGAGUGUGAGUUCUGUAUUCACAAGCAACCAGCUGUGCACCAGGCUGUGUAGUUAGUUGGAAGCGUUGUAUAUUUACAGAGUCAGGUCAACAUGUUACAAACUCAGUCAUCAAAA